AUGAAUACACCUCCCAUGAGAGCUGAGCAGUUGUCUCCGCAGAUGUCACCAAUAGCUUUCAGCCUUGACGAUCCAAAAUGCACAGGUGCGAGUAGCUUCCAGCAUUUGCUGGCAUCUCCAACAAAAUUUAAAUUGGACAGUGGCAGUAAUGAUCCUGCAGCUAACAGUAGUGCUAGUAACAUAUACAGGACGUCACUCUCAAAACUAAGCGAACUGUCCAGGACCGGAAGAUCAAGACAAAGAAGCGAUUCCGAUACCCUGAGAUCCGUAUCUCCCAUUCGAUUUCAACUAUUCAACAAUGCGCCAAAAAUGCUUAGACAAGAAUAUAUGACUCAACAGCCUUCUCCUUCACCUCUGUUAUCGACUUUAAUGAAGAGCACUGUGACGCAGUCAAAUACUUCAAAUGGUUCUACUCGAAAUAAUCAAUCAACUUAUUGCAAAAUGGGAAUUAGAGAGACUCUGGAGCAAAUACAAAGAGAGCAAAAAGAACUACUUCAGAAGCAAUCACAACUCAAGAAAGAGGAACCUAAUAAAGAAAAACUGCGGGCAAAACCAUCUAAAGUUCGAGAUAGCGUUACUAAGGAAACACCACAGCCCAGUGCUAAAAAUGAAAAGAGCAAAAUAAAUGGCAGUCAAGUUGAUAUAGGGGAGGUAUCAAAAGCCCAAACUUGUCUACCGAAUAUGAAAGACUCAGCUGACGUUAGAGUGAAUUCUAAAUCUUCAACUAUUUCGUCAAAUAUGGGAGUUGAUUUGAGCGAUAUUUCAAAGGAAUUGGAUAUUGAACUUUUAGCUUCGAAUAAGAGUGUAUUUGCCUCAUUCGAAGACUCCAAAAGUAACAGAUAUAGUUUUAUUUCUUCGAGCUCCACAGAUUACGACGGUGGUGAUUGGGGUAACAAUCAACCUGAACCACGCAACAUUCAUUUGGAAGAAACUGCAAGGCUGGACAAUAGAAUAAAGCAGCUGGAAAUAGAAAUUGACAAUCUUAAACUACAAAAUGUAAAGUUGAUUGAAUCAAUUACGACUACAAGAACGGUGGAAGACAAAUAUAUGUUAGAAGCAUUACGGGAGACAAGAUCCUCAAAAAAAAUGGUUCAACAGGGUAUGGAAAAAAAAGUUAAGCAACUGGAGAAAAAAGUAGAAAGUUAUAGAAAAGCAAUUCAAACCUGCGAAGAUGGCUUACCAGAAUUGCCAACCAUAACUGGUUCGGGUAUUAUCGACUAUAAAGGAGUUACUACGAAGAGAAGGAUUACUCGUAUAUCUAGUGGAGAGUUGCGGAAAAUUGAUGAACAAACUGAUUCCUCAGGAACUUCUUCAGAUGAUGAAAAGGAUGAACAAUUUAUUAAGCACGAAAAGUACGAUGAUAGUACGCUUACGAAAGAGUUGUUUCGACAGCAAUGCUCUGAUCAAUCGAGUAUGAGAAGGAAACAGGGGUUACAAUUAAAUAUUCAACUUCAAAUGCAGAAAACUAAGAGGUAA